AUGGAGAAUGAUGCCGCUCGGCAGGACUCUGAAGUAAUUGAUUAUAAGUCCUUUUUUGCACUCGGUCCAGGAAUGUUCACGGCACCGGCUGCUGUCACUCCGAUAAAACCACCUCACAAUGAGACGCCGGCGGACAAGAAGAUUCGUCGAGCCGCAGAGAAACUUUUACGAGCCGAGUCCAUGGCAAAGAUCGCUGCUGCGAAAAAUGCUGGGCGUGCCCAGGGAUUGAUUCGUGCCCUCGAUGCUGUCAACCACACCGAACUAGAGGCGGUUUUCAAUAAACUGAAAUUCGCAAUUGAUGCGAUAGAAGAUUUUAUUAAGGAAGUUGUCAAGGAUACAUUGUAUGCUCCCGUGUGGUCGUUGGCAGCAACCUACGAGCUCAACGGAUUAACAGGUGUCCUUGACUGGACACGCCAGAUGCGGAUCCAGUCUGGUGAUUCAUUUUCUCUUCAACCUGUACCGUAUCCAUCUGGGCGAAUGCAGCCACCGCACGUGCACAUGAUCGUCUCUAGAGUCGCAUCCGGUGACUUUGUCGACAAGCGGUCAGCAGGGAGUAACCCGCUCUCCAAGCAGCAAUAUAAGUUGGCUCAACAGGAGAAGAAAAAUCGUCAGCGAUAUCUGGCUGAGAAGCAGGAUCACCUAGAUAAAGACCCAGCCAUAGAGAGCGUGACAGAUGUGGAAGAUAUCGUGAGAAUUACCACAUGGAAGGCAUUCUAUGUACGGCACAUUUGA